GACACAAAAUCCUAAUCUUAAACUUCAUUAGCUCUUGUCUGACCCCUCUUUCCAAAACCCUAAAUCUCAUUUCUCAUGGACUCCACUGAAACCCUAAUUCCUCCCCCAAUUCCCACCUCACCAGACACCAACCCCAACACCACUCUUGCAGAACACGAAAACACGACACGAACACGACGAAAGAGCCGAUGGGACCCAGUAACAGAACCCAACAACCCAGAGAAGAAGAAAAAGUCAAGGUGGUCAGAGGAGGAGCCAAAGCAAGCAUUCCAGCUGCCUGACUUCAUGAAGGACUUCACUCAAGGUAUGGACACUGACCCUGCUGUGCAAGCUCUCAAUUCUCGAUUACUCGAAAUUAGUCAGAUUUUACAAGCUAAUGUUCAGUUAGAUGAUAGGCCUGAUAAUGCUAGAUCACCUUCACCUGAGCCAUUGUAUGAUAAUAUGGGAAUUAGGAUUAAUACGCGAGAGUUUCGUGCUAGGGAGAGGCUUAAUAGGGAGAGACAGGAGAUAAUUGCGUUGAUUAUUAAGAGGAAUCCUGCUUUUAAGCCGCCUGCGGAUUAUAGGCCACCUAAGUUGUAUAAGAAGUUGGGGAUCCCGAUGAGGGAGUUUCCGGGGUAUAAUUUUAUAGGGUUGAUAAUUGGGCCGAGAGGGAAUACGCAGAAGAGGAUGGAGAAGGAGACUGGGGCGAAGAUUGUGAUUAGGGGGAAGGGGAGUGUGAAGGAAGGUAGGUUUGGGCAGAAGAGGGAUUUGAAGUUUGAUUCGUCGGAUAAUGAGGAUUUGCAUGUUUUGGUUGAGGCGGAUAAUCAGGAGUCGCUGGAUGCGGCAGCGGGGAUGGUGGAGAAGUUGUUGAGGCCGGUUGAUGAAGGGUUGAAUGAGCAUAAGAGGCAGCAGUUGAAGGAGCUGGCGGCAUUGAAUGGGACGAUUAGGGAUGAUGAGUUUUGUAGGUUGUGUGGUGAGGCGGGGCAUAGGCAGUAUGCGUGUCCGUCGAGGUUGUCGACUUUUAAGAGUGAGGUGUUGUGUAAGAAUUGUGGCGAUGGGGGGCAUCCGACUAUUGAUUGUCCUCUGAAAGGGACGGCGGGGAAGAAGAUGGAUGAUGAGUAUCAGAACUUUCUGGCAGAAUUAGGUGGGAGUGUUCCGGAAUCUAAUACUAAGCAUAGCACGCCGUUAGCUAUUAUGGGGUCUGAGAAUUCUGGAAGUAAUCCUUCUCCUUGGGCAAAUAAUAGUACUGCUGGAAGUAAUGGUAGCAGUUUACAUCCAGGUCUUGGAAGUAUUGUACCCAAGAUUGGAAAAGAAAUUGAUCAUACAAAUUUGUAUAUUGGUUACUUGCCUCCUACUAUGGAAGAUGAUGAACUAAUAAGAUUGUUUCAGCCUUUUGGAGAUAUCGUAAUGGCCAAGGUUAUCAAAGAUAGAAUGACUGGACAGACUAAAGGUUAUGGUUUCGUUAAGUUUUCGGAUGUUGAGCAAGCCAAUCAGGCAACUGCUAGCAUGAAUGGUCAUCGACUGAAUGGAAGAGCAAUUGCAGUACGAGUUGCAGGGAUACAACCCCAGCCUGUUGUCCCCCCUGGACCUCCUGCUCCACCUGCGCCUAUGUACCCUGGUCCCAACCACGGGUAUGGUGGAUACCCAUCUCAACAGAUGCAGUCAGGUGGUUCUCUUGGGAUUGCACCACCAGGUAGCUACAUGGGUCCUCCUCCUCCUUGGAGGCCUCCACCACCUCCUUAUGGAGGUUACCCUCCUCCCCCUCCUCCGGGGUCAAACAUGUAUGGCCCUUACCAGGGUCAAUCCAUGCCCCCUUAUGCCAUGCAAUAUCCCCCACCGGGACAAACAGCCACACCGGAUCAGAACUUGGCAAAUGCUGAACCACAGCAAAUUUAUUCUGCUGGAAUGCAAUCUCAAAGUAACACAUCUGCAUCUAACAAUAUAUAUGGCAACUCGGCAGCAGGAAUGGCCCCAAACUCGCAACCAACUUAUCCUCCAUCUUCAGGGGGUUAUGCUUCUUAUUAUGGAGUAAAUCCCCCACCUCCGGCUGUACCGCAAUCUUCAGCUGAACAACAGAGUUUUGCAAGUGCUCCAUGGGCUGUGAAUCCGCCAUUGCCUCCAUCAGUCCCAUCUGCAGAUCAAAAUCAGCAGACUACAUAUGGAGCGGACCCGGAGUACGAGAAGUUCAUGGCUGAGAUGAAAUGAAACAGUAUGUUGGCAAGGAUCAAUGGAUCAUAACUCAAAUGGUGUGGUUUCUUGGAGCUCUUGUCAGCCUUAUUACUUUCGUGUUGCAUUUCACUUCAACUUGUUGGAAGUUUCAGACUCACAUCUUUACUCUUGCUGUGCUAUUGUUACUAUUGCAGAAAUCUUUAAGUCAAUCCGGUUGAUUUCUUGCUCCAGCUGGAAGUCUUUUGAGGGCUUUUCAAGUCUGAAUGGUGCUAAAUGCUAAUAUUUCUCAUUGACAGUUGCCUCCAUUGAAUUAUUUUGAGACUUAUAUUUCAAUUUCAGGGAACAGAUGCUAACAUUUCUGUCUGUUUUAUUUUGAUAUAACCGUUGAUUACUGCUUUUAAAUGUUUUGUUCAAUUCAUAAUAAUCUUGGUUUGUAAACUUUUAUUUGUUUCUUUUAACGCAAGACAUAAAUUGGUUCUUCUCUGUGUUUCUUUUUUUGUACUGCUAUACUUGGCAAGGAUUCAGUGUGAACCUCACUUUGGGGUGGAUGUACAUUCAAGGUAGUACAGUUAUUGAUCAUUUUGUUGCAUCUCAUCUGCCUUGUGAGGGUGUUGAAUCUCAUCUGCCUCCCAAGGGUGUUGAGAUCCCAAAUACUAUUUCGCAGCUGGUAACUCUGGUAAGUAGAAGACUUCUUUUUAUUUUGACAACUAAAAAGAACUUACCGUUCUUUUAGUAGGAAUCAAUCUCUAUCUCCUUGAUGAAAUAGUAGAGUUUGAAGCUACAAAAAUUAGGUUUGUGAAUUAAGUUUGUACUUCCAUUUGUCAAAUAUCUGAACAUGGAACUGCAGGGUUGUCCUAAGUCUAACUAAGCUAAAUCUGAUAGUUGACAAGUAGAGCAUAACGUGUUAUACCAAUUUUAUGGCAUAUUGUACCCGUCAAAUUAUUACUUUAAUAGAUUAUAAUUUGACUUGAAAUUAUCCAGCAAGUCACCAGUUAUGGUAAUGCCACUGACAACCUGUAGAAGAUCUACAUUAUGAUUGAAUAAUCAUUUGUAAGAAGGUAGACACGUAAUAAAUAAAUUGCUUGAUUAAUAUUAUAUAUAAUAACGGGCUAGCUUAUUAGCUCAAGACACUUAAACAGAUUUAGUUCGGGUGGCAUUUUUGUCUUUUUGUGCUGUAAUUUCUUCUUCCCUCUUCUCUCUUCACAUGUAUUGAAUUUUAAAACAGUCAUUUUGAUUAUUUUAGAUCAAAUUAAUCUGAGUUGGUUUAUAGACAUAUGCUGCUAGUUGCCAAAUGCUUGACUAAUUGCUAAAGGAGACAACAAAAGUAUCUUCAUCUACUAAAUCUAUAGGAAGGAUAUUCCUUUUAUCUGCCUAGAUGAUUUUUACAAGAUUUGGAAACUUAAAAAUUUUAAUCCAUCCCACUAGAGCUGUCCAUGAAGCUUCUUUUGUCCCAUGGCAUAGAUGCAGGUUGGUGUUAGGAAUCUGUUUCAGAAGUUAUUGCAGAGGAUUUGGAUUUAUUGAUAUGCUUAGACGGCUUGACCUGUCCGAAAAAUAGUUCACCCACUUGAGAAGUGAAAACAUGCCUUCACAUUAGUCUUUUAAUUAUUGCCAGUUACAGCCUGAAAAGUAAUGAAGCGUUUUCACUACUGACAUGCUGUAUUUUGUGGUAGGUAACCGAUUUUUUUGGCCAAAAACAUAUGACCUGUAUUUUCCUGCAGUUUAAGGUUACAUUGUGGUCAUUUCAGUUAGUUUGAACUUUAGAUGGCAUCAGAUCGGUAAGUGAUACAAUCUUUAGCAGUCAUUAAAGGACUGUGCAACCCAUUUUUGGAAGUAAAGCUAGCAGUCAAGGUCCUCAAGGAUGAGUUCAAGCCAGAUUGGUCGUAUACCUCCCACUUGCUGUUUGGAAGUAGGAAGGAAAUUAGGAGGCAGCUUUGCUCUUCAUUGUGGUAGCUAAAUAGUAGCAGCACUUGUAUCUUAUUUGUGAAUGUUCCCAUAUCCUAUCUGGUGUAUAUACUUUUUAAAUAUAUUGGACUCUUCUCCUCUUGAAGGAUAAGCUCUCGUCAUUA